AUGGCUCACAAGGUUGCCAUGAUGCUAGCCCUCGCGGUUUCCGCUCUUUCGGCAACGGCAGCAACUAUUGAAAAGAGGACUGCCGGCGGAGAAGAUGUCAAAGAUGGUGAACUUCCCUUCAUGGUCAGUCUCCAAGGACAACGCGGUGGCCAUAGAUGCGGAGGGGCCUUGGUGGACAGCACUACUGUUGUUACUGCUGCCCAUUGCGUUUCGGGCACCUACUCGAUAAAGGCGGGAACGGCGAAUAUAUCAACCGACGGCGUCGUUGUAAAUGUCAAGUCUCGCCACGAACACCCUGAUUAUGUACUUGGUAACCCUGGAAGUCCUUAUGCCGUCAAUGACAUUGGCGUCUUGAAGUUGGAAACUCCGGUUGAGAGGAGCGACACGAUUGACUAUGUGACACUGCCGGCGGACGGCUCGGACCCUGUGCCCAACUCAAUCGCCAUAGGUGCCGGCUGGGGCUAUCAACCCGAUAUAACGCCUUGGCCCAAGCAACUCAGCAAGGUUGCUAUGCCUGUCCGCGACCGCGAGGUCUGUUUUAACUUAUCUCCUGAGGGUUUAUCUGGUAGAACUACGGUUAUAUGUGUUGGUGGAGAUGGCAAGGCUUUAUGUGAUAAAGACAGCGGCGGUCCUGUUAUUGACCAGGACACGCGACAGCUUAUUGGUGUCGUGUCAUUUGGUCUCGGCCGCUGGCCAUGCACUCCUAAGAAUCCCAUGGUGUGCACGAGAGUCGGCAACUACAUCUCUUUUAUUAAGAAGUAUCUUUAG